AUGGAGGAAAGCAGCGCGUCAAAACAAGAAGAAGCCAGAGGGAGUAAGGAAGACUGUUCGGAAAAGCAGACCAAUGCAGCCACGGAAGAAGCCAGUUCACAGAUGUCGAACGCAGGAGAUUGUGGUAAGCCGACGCAGGAUACGGCUGCCCGGUUCAACCGACUGAAGCUGUUCGACAAAGUGAUGCAGAAAAGCCUAAGCAAGUUCAUAGAGCAUGCCAGUUUUAAAGGUUUCUCUGGUAUGUUUCAUCCUCUGUACAAGAAGAACCCUCAGAAGAUGGAAAGCAUUCAUAAACAGUUCACAGAAGAGCUCCAGAAAUCUAUACAGGACGACAUCAGCAGACUUAUUGAAGAAGGUAUGUUAGAGUUCAAACUGAAUGAGCUGGACAAGAUGGAGAGUGCUGCGAAGAGCAAUCCAGACCCUGCAUGGCGACCGAGUGGGGAUCCCGAGCAGGACUUUUGCAGUUUUUUGAUGCCAUACUAUUUUAAGCAGGAGGCCUACAUUCGACUGGAGUUGAAAAAGAUUCAGGCAGAGAAUGCUGCUCUGGCUCAGAAGGUUCAGGCUGGCAGAGAGACGAUUGCCCAAACCGAGCAACGUAUUUCGACAGCUGUGGAUGAGUGCAAGGCAUCGAUGACAGAGUUUGAA